UCUCUCAACCUCUCCUGCAUGUGGGGUUCCCCUACAUGUGCAUAUAUUAAAUUCAGUUAUUUUCUGUAGCUCAUCUGCCUCAUGUCUAUUUGAUUAUUAGACCAGCCCGAAGAUCCUUGAGGGUAGAGGAGAGUUCCUCCCCGAUAAGCCUAAGAGGCUUUGUGGGAGGAAUCAGUAACACUCCAUCCUUCCUGUGCCUCCCUAUGUACUUAAAUGCAUUAUGCAUAAGAAUUCUUUAGAUACUUAUGUUCUCAUUGUAUAUUUUUUAUUUUUUCUACCAAGGAUAAUAUAGCUACCAUGUCUUCUGGCGCUUUGACAAAACCUCAGAUGCGAGGCCUUCUGGCCAAGCGUCUGAGAUUUCACAUCGUUGGAGCCGUAAUUGUAUCCCUGGGAGUUGCAGCUUCCUAUAAAUUUGGUGUGGCUGAACCAAGAAAGAAGGCAUACUCAGAUUUCUACAGAAAUUAUGAUUCCAUGAAAGAUUUUGAGGAGAUGAGGAAGGCUGGUAUCUUUCAGAGUGCAAAGUGAUCUUGGAAUGUAAAGAAUUUCUUUAGGUUGAAUUCCAUGGAAGCUUGUCACUGGCCUGUGUUCCUGAACUAUGAAACAUGAAUAUUUGAGCUGAGGGAUGUUUCUCUUGAUAAAUAAACAAUUAAGAAAUACUGUGGAUA